UGCAAUGGUCUUACACAAAGCCUGCAAUAUCUCUGAGGUAUGCCUAUAUUUUAUUAUGUAAAAAUUCAAAAGUCCUGCUAGGCAAAAAGUACAGUACCACAAAAGGAAAACUGGCAAAAAAUAUUUCUAACAAGACCUCAGUAGAUAACAGAUGACAAAACCUCAGUAUGAAACAAAACCUCAGUAGAUAACAGAUGACAGACAUAAGAACUAAGUUAUAAAAAAGGAAUACGAUUGGCAAAUAAUUUUUUAAUUUCACCAGAAACUAAAGCAAUCAAAGAAAUGCUGAUAUGCUAUUUAAAGACAAACAAAUAAAGAAAAAGAUAAUGUGCCAGGUUGUUGAGACUCAUAAUCUCACGUGCUAAUGAUGGGCCAUAGUUUUCUCUACCAUUUGUCAUACUCCCCCCAAAUACAGGAGACACCUGGCUUUGAAUGAGGAGGCAGCAGCUUCUGUUUCUUGGUUUCUUUAACAUCCCAAUGUGUUCCUCACUGGGACUGAGGGAAAAAGUAUUCCAAAGGUACUUCUGUCCUAAGGAAUUCUCUUGAUUCCUCAACACUCCUCUUUGCUAUGUUUUAUAGGUUCAAGGUGGGUUAAUAUCCUGCAAGGUAGGACUUCUCUUUAGGUGUACCUAUUAAUGUCAUCAGCCUUUAAGAAUUCAGAAGAAACUAGAACAGAAACAGCCUCAUUUUAACAUCCAUUACACAGUUCAAGCGGAUUUGUGUUACAACCAAAAAAACUUUGACUAAGAAACUUGUAUGAACUCCUCAAUUUCUCAAGGAUAUUUUACUCUUUGAGCACUAGUAGCAAAAACUGCUAUAUAUUAUCACUCAUUCUACCCAUAUUCAUUCAUUACAAAAGUGCCUACUGAGUGUUAAUUAUGCUCAAUGCCUGGGAUACAAGGAUGAAGAUAGGGCUCACUGUCUGUGGGGAUGGGGUGGGGACGAGUCUCAGAUGUAUUCUUAGGUAGUUGCAAUGCAACAUAAUAGCUCUAUAGCAGAAAAAAAUAUGGAAGUGCCACAGGAACACAGUGAUCCUCUUAGUUGUUGAUCACUUGGGAAUUUCAAGGAAUUGGAAAACAUUCUUGUGUGUGUGACUUUCCUACCAACAGAAUUAAACAGUCAUAUUAUACCAGAUUGGCAUUGUUUUCAUUCUGCCACUCAAAGUAUAAAUAAGCUGUGGUAUAAAAAUGCCUUAUAAACUGUUCUGCUGUGACUAGUAAUAGUUAAGAUUAUAGACCCAAGAUUUAAAAUGACAACAAUAUGUAUUAAUUAAUAAUUCCCUUAAAUAUUUCUCCUUAUCUUAUUUUCUUGUUGUGUUUUAUACAUUCUUUAUAAUUACUUUGACAAGAUUUUUUAAUUGAUCGGAACAUUUAUUGGAACAAUAUUUUAUAUGUAUGAUUCUAUACAUACUAUUCUAUUUUUCAGACCACAGCUCCAGUUUUUUUUCCAUGAAAAACAUUUCAGUUAUACUCAAAGUGAAUGGCCCACCAAUGGCAGAGAAUUUCAGGACCUUGCUCUUCCUGUAAAACAUGCUCUGAUAGCAUUUGAGUCUUCUCUGAAGAAGUCAAAUAGCAAACAGCGUCACAGCAACUGAACUUACUACGAACUGUUUUUAUGAGGAUUUAUCAACAGAGUUAUUUAAGGAGGAAUCCUGUGUUGUUAUCAGGAACAAAAAGGAUAAGGCUAACAAUUUGGAAAGAGCAACUACUCUUUCUUAAAUCAAUCUACAAUUCACAGAUAGGAAGAGGUCAAUGACCUAGGAGUAACAAUCAACUCAAGAUUCAAUUUUCAUUAUGUUAUUCAUGAACACCCGGAGCACUACACUAUAAUGCACAAAUGGAUACUGACAUGGAUCCUGCCAACUUUGCUCUACAGAUCAUACUUUCACAUUAUCUGUCUAGUGGGUACUAUAUCUUUAGCUUGCAAUGACAUGACUCCAGAGCAAAUGGCUACAAAUGUGAACUGUUCCAGCCCUGAGCGACACACAAGAAGUUAUGAUUACAUGGAAGGAGGGGAUAUAAGAGUGAGAAGACUCUUCUGUCGAACACAGUGGUACCUGAGGAUUGAUAAAAGAGGCAAAGUAAAAGGGACCCAAGAGAUGAAGAAUAAUUACAAUAUCAUGGAAAUCAGGACAGUGGCAGUUGGAAUUGUGGCAAUCAAAGGGGUGGAAAGUGAAUUCUAUCUUGCAAUGAACAAGGAAGGAAAACUCUAUGCAAAGAAAGAAUGCAAUGAAGAUUGUAACUUCAAAGAACUAAUUCUGGAAAACCAUUACAACACAUAUGCAUCAGCUAAAUGGACACACAAUGGAGGGGAAAUGUUUGUUGCCUUAAAUCAAAAGGGGAUUCCUGUAAGAGGAAAAAAAACGAAGAAAGAACAAAAAACAGCCCACUUUCUUCCUAUGGCAAUAACUUAAUUGCAUAUGGUAUAUAAAGAACCAGUUCCAGCAGGGAGAUUUCUUUAAGUGGACUGUUUUCUUUCUUCUCAAAAUUUUCUUUCCUUUUAUUUUUUAGUAAUCAAGAAAGGCUGGAAAACUACUGAAAAACUGAUCAAGCUGGACUUGUGCAUUUAUGUGUGUUUUAAGACACUGCAUUAAAAAAAGAUUUGAAAAGUAUACACAAAAAUCAGAUUUAGUAACUAAAGGUUGUAAAAAAUUGUAAAACUGGUUGUACAAUCAUGGUGUUAGUAAUAGUAAUUUUUUUCUUAAAUUAAUUUACCCUUAAAGAGUAUGUUAGAUUUGAUUAUCUGAUAAUGAUUAUUUAAAUAUUCCUAUCUGCUUAUAAAAUGGCUGCUAUAAUAAUAAUAAUAAUGCAGAUGAUGUUAUAUAAGGUAUAUCAGACCUACAGGCUGCUGGCAGGAUUUGUCAGAUAAUCAAGCCACACUAACUAUGGAAAAUGAGCAGCAUUUUAAAUGCUUUCUAGUGAAAAAUUAUAAUCUACUUAAACUCUAACCAGAAAAAAAGAAUAUUCUCAAAAAAAUCUAUUAUGAAAGUCAAUAAAAUAGAUAACAAAAGUACAGGAUUAGAACAUGCUUAUACCUAUUAAUAAGAACAAAAUUUCUAAUGCUGCUCAAGUGGAAAGGGUAUUGCUAAAAGGAUGUUUCCAAAAAUCUUGUAUAUAAGAUAGCAACAGUGAUUGAUGAUAAUACUAUACUUCAUCUCACUUGCCACAUAAUAACAUUUUAUAAUUCCUCAAAGUAAAAUUGAGAAAUCUUUAAGUUUUUUUCAAGUAACAUAAUCUAUCUUUGUAUAAUUCAUAUUUUGGAAUAUGGCUUUUAAUAAUGUUCUUCCCACAAAUAAUCAUGCUUUUUUUCCUAUGGUUACAGCAUUAAACUCUAUUUUAAGUUGUUUUUGAACUUUAUUGUUUUGUUAUUUAAGUUUAUGUUAUUUAUAAAAAAAACUUAAUAAGCUGUAUCUGUUUCAUAUGCUUUUAAUUUUAAAGGAAUAACAAAACUGUCUGGCUCAACUGCAAGUUUCCCUCCCCUUUGUGACUGACACGAAGUUUAGCACACAGCACUUGGGCCAGCAAAUCCUGGAAGGCAGACAAAAAUGAGAGCCUGAAGCAACGCUUACAAUAGAUGUCUCACACAGAACAAUACAAAUAUGUAAAAAAUCUUUCACCACAUAUUCUUGCCAAUUAAUUGGAUCAUAUAAGUAAAAUCAUUACAAAUAUAAGUAUUUACAGGAUUUUAAAGUUAGAAUACAUUUGAAUGCAUGGGUAGAAAAGUAUCAUAUUUUAAAACUAUGUAUAUUUAAAUUUAGUAAUUUUCUAAUCUCUAGAAAUCUCUGCUGUUCAAAAGGUGGCAGCACUGAAAGUUGUUUUCCUGUUAGAGGGCAAGAGCACAAUGUCCAAAAUAGAAGAUACAGUCAGGAAUAAGGGGCCCUGAAUGUCCUGAAGGCUUGAGGUAGGCCUACAGAUAACAGGAUUAUUACAAAGAUGAAUUUCCACUUUAAAAGUCUUUCAUUGGCAGAUCUUGGUAGCACUUUAUAUGUUCACCAAUGGGAGGUCAACAUUUAUCUAAUUGAAAAGGUAUGCUAACCAUUGUGGUUUUAAUUUCAAAAUAUUUGUCAUUCAAGUCCCUUUAUAUAAAUAGUAUUUGGUAAUACAUUUAUAGAUGAGAGUUAUAUGAAAAGGCUAGGUCAACAAAAACAAUAGAUUCAUUUAAUUUUCCUGUGGUUGACCUAUACGACCAGGAUGUAGAAAACUAGAAAGAACUGCCCUUCCUCAGAUACACUCUUGGGAGAGAGCAUGAAUGGUAUUGUGAACUAUCACCUGAUUCAAGGACUUUGCUAGCUAGGUUUUGAGGUCAGGCUGCAGUAACUGUAGUCUUGUGAGCAUAUUGAGGGCAGAGGAGGACUUAGUUUUUCAUAUGUGUUUCCUUAGUGCCUAGCAGACUAUCUGUUCAUAAUCAGUUUUCAGUGUGAAUUUACUGAAUGUUUAUAGACAAAAGAAAAUACAUAAUAAAACUAAUCUUCAUUUUAAAAGGGUAAAACAUGACUAUAUAGAAAUUUAAAUAGAAAUAGUGUAUAUACACAUAAAAUACAAGCUAUGUUAGGACCAAAUGCUCUUUGUCUAUGGAGUUAUACUUCCAUCAAAUUACAUAGCAAUGCUGAAUUAGGGAAAACCAAUAUUUAGUGGUAAAUCCAUUCCUGGUAGUAUAAGUCACCUAAAAAAGACUUCUAGAAAUAAGUACUUUAAUUAUUUGUUUUUCUCCUAUUUUUAAAUUUAUUAUGCAAAUUUUAGAAAAUAAAAUUUGCUCUAGUUACACACACUUAGAAUUCUAGAAUCUUAAAACUGUAAGGCGCCCCCAUCCCUCUUACUCAUUUGUAGUCUAGGAAAUUGAGAUUUUGAUACACCUAAGGUCAUGCAGCUGGGUAGAUAUACAACUGUCACAAGAGUCUAGAUCAGUUAGCACAUGCUUUCUACUCUUAGAUUAUUAGUAUUAUUAGCUAAUGGUCUUCUGCAUUUUUUUGUUUUUUAUUUCUAUUGAGAUACAGCCUUUACAUUUGUACACAAAUGUGACUAUGUCUUGGCAAUGCACUUCAUACACAAUGACUAAUCUAUACUGUGAUGAUUUGACUCAAAGGAGAAAAGAAAUUGUGUUGUUUUCAAUUCUGAUUCCUAUUUGCCUUUUGUUUAUGGAUGGAAAGCUCUGUGCAAAAUAUACAUAUAAGCAGAGUAAGCCUUUUAAAAAUGUUCUUUGAAAGAUAAAAUUAAAUACAUGAGUUUCUAACAAUUAGAAAGGAAAAAAUUAAAAUAUGAAAUGAUAACAAAAGUAAACAAAAGAUACUUUCAAAGCAGUGAACAAAACAUUUUGACAUGUCAUAAUAUAAAUUAUAAUAUAAAAAUAUAAAAACCAUAGUAUAAAUUGUCAGCCUUUGAGUUGGCUACAAAUUCAAUUUAAUGACAGAAGAGAAGGGAUGCUGGAGGUAAAUUCUUAGGGUUUCUAUCCCAUAGAGUUUGCUCUUCUGGUUCUCUAGACUGCCAAAGAACAUAAAGAUGUACGAGGGGACCUAGCUGUAGUAAAAGCAAUCCUAUAACAACAAAAACUCUAAAACAGUGCCCCUCACGAUUUCCUACUGAAAUUUCUCUAAUAGUAGAGAAGUUAGAGAAUAAUGCAAAGGGGGCCCACCACAGACAGAACAUUUCUUUUCUCUUAAGACUCAUGUGAUUUUUGCAUCUUACUCCAUAAUGUAUUUGUGGUUGCGUUAAUAUGACAAUGUCUGCAAUUAAACACCAGUAAGCAAAACUGAUACAUCAGAAUGACUUGCAGGGCUUAUCAUGCAGUUUCAUUUACAUCCCUAACCCACUGCCAUUUACUUGAGCGUGAAUGAGACACCAGAGAUUCUUUGCCUCCCAUAAUCCAACUUUACACAUAAAUAACACAAGGCUAAAGAAAACCAGAACUCAAAUUCACCAUGCAUAAGAGUGAUAACAAAAAUAUUUAACAGUCAGUAUGGGUGAUUACUGGCCAAUCAGAAUACAUCACUGAUAUAUCGAAAUGGAUGCAGGCCACUAUGACUAACUUGUGGGUAUCAUUUCUAUGAUCACCCUUAAACAGAGUUGGGAAAAUAUCUAUUAACUCGUCUCUCUGGUUUGAAUUCUCAAUAUGUAUCUUAAUAUGAAAUAGCUCAUUAAAACUUCAUGUGUAACUAUUUCA